UACGGCAGGCGACAUGGCGGCCGGCAACCACGCGGCGAUGCUGACAGAGUUUGAGUUUGAGAGACGCUUUGACCCAAAUGAAGUCUUCCGCUGGAUGCAGGACAACUGGGGCAUGUCGUUCGCGAUCUGCGCCUCCUACGUCGCCCUGGUGUUUGGAGGUCAGCACUUCAUGAGGCCCCGCCCGAAAAUGAACCUGAGGAUGCCGAUGACUGUCUGGUCGCUGUCGCUCGCCAUCUUCAGCAUCAUAGGCGCCGUGCGUACGGGGUCCUUCAUGCUUCACAUCAUCAACAACGGUGGUAUCCGGCGGUCCGUGUGUGACCUGAUCUUUUAUGAUGGACCCGUCAGCAAGUUCUGGGCCUACGCCUUCAUGGUGAGCAAGGUGCCAGAGCUGGGAGACACACUCUUCAUCGUGCUGAGGAAGCAGCGCCUCCUCUUCCUGCACUGGUACCACCACAUCACGGUGCUGCUCUUCACCUGGUUCUCCUACAAAGACAUGGUAGCGGGCUUCGGAUGGUGCAUGACCAUGAACUACAUAGUGCACGCGCUCAUGUACAGCUACUACACCGCGCGUGCCGCCGGACUGCGCGUGCCCCGCGUCCUGGCCAUGGUCGUCACGUGCGCCCAGCUGGGGCAGAUGGUGGUGGGCGUGGUGUUGACCGGGCUGGUGUACAGCUGGACGCAACACGGCGACUGCCCCUCCAACAUGGUCAACAUCACCUGCGGGGGACUCAUGUAUUUCAGCUACCUGCUCCUCUUCCUCAACUUCUUCUACAACACGUACCUGCAGCCCAGCAGGAGCGCCAAGGCCGAGUAGGAGGGGCCAAAGGCGCACGCCGGUGAACGCCGGGACACGAGGAACGUUGGCGCCACUUCCUGCUGAAGAUGAGUCAUAAACGGUCACUUCCUGUCUUUUACAUUCACUUAGGACCUGGGUUACUGAACAACUUUUAUUUUGGGAAGUGGAGUUGGAGUUUGGAGCAGUAUUCCGUCCGCCACAUCACACAUUUCUUUUUCAGACAGCACCAGCUGGCUCGUUUGCGCUGCUGGGACCAGUUUACUGCUGGGCGCCAUAAAUAGGGGUGUGAGAGUAUGGGGUGGGGGCGGUGCUAAAGUCUGGGUUAUCUUCCCACGUCGCCCGCUUGCUACGUCCCCUCCAAAACCAAAAAUUAUACACGAUUCACAUCAUAACAAAUAGUCAAGGACCAUAAUUACAGACUAGAUUCGGGGUGUCCAAACAUCUUGACGUGGGGGUCGCAUUGGGAAAAAAAAUUGGGCCAGGGGCCAAAAGCUGACUGCACAUAAAGUAACAAUAUAUAUGUACACACAUAUAUAGCCUAUACAUAUAUACUGUAUCUAUAUAUAUAGAUACAGUGUAUAUAUAUACACUACCGUUCAAAAGUUUGGGGUCACAUUGAAAUGUCCUUAUUUUUGAAGGAAAAGCACUGUACUUUUCAAUGAAGAUAACUUUAAACUAGUCUUAACUUUAAAGAAAUACACUCUAUACAUUGCUAAUGUGGUAAAUGACUAUUCUAGCUGCAAAUGUCUGUUUUUUGGUGCAAUAUCUACAUAGGUGUAUAGAGGCCCAUUUCCAGCAACUAUCACUCCAGUGUUCUAAUGGUACAAUGUGUUUGCUCAUUGGCUCAGAAGGCAAAUUGAUGAUAAGAAAACCCUUGUGCAAUCAUGUUCACACAUCUGAAAACAGUUUAGCUCGUUACAGAAGCUACAAAACUGACCUUCCUUUGAGCAGAUUGAGUUUCUGGAGCAUCACAUUUGUGGGGUCAAUUAAACGCUCAAAAUGGCCAGAAAAAGAGAACUUUCAUCUGAAACUCGACAGUCUAUUCUUGUUCUUAGAAAUUAAGGCUAUUCCACAAAAUUGUUUGGGUGACCCCAAACUUUUGAACGGUAGUGUAUAUAUACAUAUCUCAAGGUUUCUGUGGUUUAUCCGUUACACAGUGCUCAAUACCGGGGUAGAGCGGAAUAUACGUUAGGUCAGGAAAAACUCAGAGGCUUUGUUCAAAAAUUUAAAAAAAAUUCUUUAAAAAAUGUUUAUCAUAUACCACCCCAGCAUGUCCACUUUUAACAAACGCAACGAACUGGUCUCAUCAUGCCGGCACAGAAGCAAGGCACUACUGUGUAACAAUGGCCACACCUCCAUGUAAUGUACCCUAUAUAUACAUGUAACAGCCACAGACACUUCAAUAAAAUCCCCUUAAGAGCAGGGAAACAUGCAAAACAGGCUUGUCGGGAUGAAAUAGCCUCUGUGUUUUUUCCUGA